CACCCAAAGUACUCACAAUAAAAGUGCCACAAUUUCCAAUUAAGUAUCCACAACACCAAAGUAAAGCAAUUAUAUUACAUUGUUGCAUUAAGGCAUAUUACUUUUAGUAACAUGGCCAGCAUCAAGGUUGUUGCAUGUGUGUUUAUGGUUUGCAUGGCCAUUGUGGGUGCACCAAUAGUCCAUGCUGCCAUCUCAUGUGGUCAAGUUAACUCUGCCCUAUCACCAUGCAUCCCAUACCUUACAAAGGGUGGACCAGUUUCUCCGGGGUGUUGCGGCGGCGUUAAGAGCCUUCUUGCGGCCGCCAAAACUACCCCUGACCGCCAAGCUGCAUGCAACUGCCUGAAAACCGCCGCAGGCUAUGUGUAUAUUAAAAUUAGAUACCAAAAUCAGUCAUCAAUAUAA